AAUGGCUAGAUCAUUAACAAUAUUGGCUAUUGUUAUUGCAGUUGCUACAGCACGAUUGACUAAGACUGAAAGUCCUAAAGAAAUUUUGGCUUAAGUCAACAAGGAUUCAUUUGGUAAUUCCAUCCUUUCAGUUCUCCAACUCUAAUUGGCUACUGGUGGACCUGUUGGAGAGAUCUAAAUCCUUUUAAAUAACAUUGCUUCUUAAUUGAAUGGAGAUUAAAAGAAAGCUGACAAAGUUCACGAAAGUGACACUGUUGCAUUUGAGAAGAUCAUUGCUGACUUAGAAUAAGAAAUUGCUUAUCAUUAAACCUAAAUUGUUGCCCUCUCUAACUUGAGAGAUUCAACAACUGAAGCCUUAGGUGAAGCUGAAGCCGAAGUUAGAGUUGUCACAUCUGAUAUUGCCAAUAACGAAAAAAGUUUUGCUGACGAAUCAGCCACCAGAUAAUCAUAACACGAAACUUGGGUUAGAAAAGAUGCAGAACAUGUUGAUUAAAUGGAUGCCAUCGAUGAAGCUUCAAAGAUUGUUCAACAUUUAUAAGCUGGUGUUGCAUUUGCUUAACUNUUUAAUGAUUUCUGCUAAACUAAUUAGAAUAUUUCUUUUAUCUAAUGA